AUGUUGGAGGUAUGGCUUGGCUUAAGAGACUUUUUAAAACUGGUCUGGUGUAUUUCCUGGUGCUGUUUACGUUUCCUCCGGAUCUUUUGAGCGGCCAGAUUAAGAGUAAUAGGUUUUGGGACGUACGUGUUUUUUAAAUUUAUUGGCCAAUGAUGAAGAAUGGCCAAUUAAAAUGCAAAGACACGUUCGGAUGGCUUCGUUCCCCUUGAAUUGAAUGCCUGUAGAAGCGCUAUAAAAGUUGGAAUUUAUUGUUAGCAAUUGCAAACCGCUCCCUGCGGGCUUAUUCGUCAAGUUUAAUCAACAAAGAGCUGACCGAAGAGCUGAGGACAGAUGUACGAGAUACGAAUGUCUCUUUUUUGUUUACGCUCGCCCAAAAUAUAUUUUCCUUUUUUGCGGCCAAAAACGGGAACGGCCCACCUAAAGCGGGGUCGUCUGCCGGAAUGAAGGAGUAGUUCCGAACUUCUUUCCCUUACAAAUUGUCUUAAAACUGUUGUGACAAGUUUGGAUCCACGCCUUCGUUUGUCGAUAAUGGAUUCUGGCAUUUAUUUGGCAAAGAAAGCGGUCAAACCUGUUUAUUUUUGUUGUUUUAAGACGCGUUGUGCUUGGCUUUUGAAUAGGGUGUAGUAAUUAUGGGAAAAUCAGAUGAUUUUGUGUGUUUUAUUUACUUUUAAAAAGGUUAUUAUAAAUACUGAGACUACUCUUUGUUCAGAAGGUUACAAGGUUACGAUAACUAUUUUUCUAUUAGUAAAAUUGCUUAACAAAUGCUUUUGGGAAAUGUGCCACAUGUACAUUAACAACAAAAUCGCAAUAUGUAAUUAGAUGAGUAUUGUAAUAUAAAACUCAUCUUACCUAUAGUACCUAUACAAAAUUCGUGCAUUAUUCAUGAAUUUACGAACAAUCACUUUUAAUGUACUUUAACCGAUACCAACCUUAAAACCUUGAUAUACAGCAUAAUAUCGAACAAGAUGUCGUGAUGUUGUCCAAGUCGCAAGUGGUGUACCCCCAAUCCAAUGGGUCGCUGAAUGCGGUCCCUUCGGCUUCAAUGCCGUUCAUCGCCGGAUCUCUCUCAACGUUUCCGGGGCCGGCUUCACUCUCCGCACAUCCCAUGGCAUUCCAGUCACCGAUAUCGCCGCCUCAAACUAUGAGUUUCGAUCCUAGAAAUCUGGAGAUAAAAACCAAGUCAGUGGAACAGACUUUGCUGCCUUUAGUUACUCAGGUAAACGUUACAUUCUUGUAUUGGGUGCUUAGGUCGGUAAAUGUACUAAAGUAUUGACUCACGAUUAUCAUUGCAUAGCAUGUUAAAUAUAAACAUGUUAUUUCGUAUCUAAACACAUGGCAUAGUAAUUAAGUUUUAAUGUUAAGUUUUGAAAUUACUUGUUAAGUUUUAAAAUUACUUGAAUGUAAACUUCAAUAUCGUAAAUUCAGAUAUCAACUUUGGUUAACUUCAAGGAGUCUAUAAUUACUGGUACGAAGCCAAAAAGUGAACGGGCGCUGAGGGCCGCAUUAAAGGUAAGAUGACAAUAAAAUUUUAAUAAAAAAUAUUUAAAAUCAAAACCCAUAUUUUAAUAAAAAAGGACAGCUAGAAUACUAGUUAAUAAACAACACAUAUUAUAAUCAAAAAUUGCAGAUAGGGUCAGCCGUUGAAAUCGCAGUAGAGAGGUUUGUUGUUGUUGGUGAAUCUAUUGCUGAUGAAAACCCAGAUAUACAGCCAGAGAUGUAUGACGCAUGUCAUGAAGCGCGGCAAGCAGGUACUUAAAAUUUACUUUUCCAUUCAAAAGUUUGUAACAAGAACAAUAUUGGAUAUGUACGCGUUUUAACAAAAACAAUCCAGAAGCACCACUUUACUUCAAAAAUGUACAAUUUUCAUUCAAAACUAAAAUUUAUGACUUCCAGGAGCAGCGAUGGCCAACCUGCACUCCUCGCUGUUAGACGAAUCAGGCAUCCCCCAAUUAGGAAUCGACAAAUCCCAUUUGGUUCGAGCUGCACGACAACUUCUGUCAUCUGUAACUCGAGUUUUGUUGUUGGCUGAUCGAGUAAUGGUCAGUCACAUUUUGCGGGCUGAAGACAAGAUUGUCUAUUCCUUGACCAAACUCGAAAACACCGUCAACUUCACUGAAUUCGUCAGAAUCUUCACAGAUUUUGGAGGCGAGAUGGUGGUUCUGGCACAUCGAUCAGGUGACAGACAAGCUGAUCUGAAGUCAGAGAAGCGGAAAGCUCAGCUACAUGUAGCCAGAACAUCGUUGGAGCGGAUGACGAUGUUGUUGUUGACAUCGUCGAAGACUCUUCUCCGCCACACUGACGAUGAUUCUUCACGUCAGUGUCGAGAUGGCGUCUUCCAUCAGAUCAGAUGUGCUCUCCAACUCGUAGCUUUGUGUAUCUGUGACGGCGUGCUACCGCUAGAUCAACAUCGAUAUUGUCCUCCCUUGACUCCAGAAGCAGGUCCUCUAGAUAUUGGCAUUCAGCUGACAGCUACAGUAGCCAUCAGGCAGUUGACAGAGAUGCUGGAGAUGGUCAGGAUGACGUCGAUCGUGGGUGCGGGAGUCAGGGAUCGUCUUAAUGGAGCUUUGGGGACGUUAUGUGAGAUGACUCAAGACUUCACGGAUUCUGCGUUCACACCACAUCAUCAACGUGAACAGAUUCUGGACUUUCUGGAGGAGUGCCGCUUCGAAAUGGGAAACCUGGUUUCUGAGGUAAAGCUAGUUAAAACAAGCAGCUUUUCUUUAUUACUUAGAGAUCGUAAUUAACGAUUAUUUUUUUUUAAUUUCAAUAUUUCAAAACAGAUCAUCUUAUGGUUCUACUUUCAGAACCAAGACCAGUUCUCUCAAGAAAACAUGGAGGUCACGGUGGAGCGUCUGAACCGUCGUCUAAAAGACCUUCAGAAGCAGCUACAGGUCGCCGCAAUGGAUCAGAUUGGAGUGAUUUUCAGGACGAACGAAGACCACACCAUCCUCAACUCACUCAAGACUUGCUCGGUGUCCGGCGACAUCGACGGGGUCGAAAAGUAUCUAGAAAAGUUUAGAGAACAUUCUGUCCACAUUCAGGAAGUGUGUCGUUUGUUGCAUCACAUAUCAUUCACAGACGCCUUACAUGUUUACACCGGACAAGCUGAACGAACGUUCAGGGCGCUCGCACCAUUGGUAAGUUGGUGGCAGACAAUAUUUUUAAAUCUGUCACUAAACUGAGAGAAUGAUGACAUUAAAAUGAGUUAAAAAAUUAUUAAGAUAGAAAUUAGGACAAGUGUUACCUAUACUUUCACUUAUAUCAAAUAUAAGCCUUCUAUUGCAGACGUUACUAGCCGGCCGCACGCUCUGUAUCCACCCCUCCUCCAGAAUCGCUCGCGAGAAUCUGGAAGUGUUUUGUGACACCUGGGCCUCCCACAUCAAUGAUCUCAGCCGACUGUCCAAAGACCUGGAUGCCGCGGCUUCUGGCCGUGUAGCGGCCGAACGGCAGGCCUACAUGUCGUUGCCAAGACCGGGCGUAAGUCGCGAGCAGAGUCCUGUGUUUUCGUCGUCGUAUCCUCGUAUGUUUGAGUCUAAUCCGGAUAGUGGUUGUGAUGUGCUUAACUAUAAACCCUCAACUUCAUCGUGCUCGUCUCAAAGUUCGAGUAAUCAGUUAGCCAAUUCACCGUCAGCGUUUACUCCGUACAAACGAGAUACUGUAGAGAAUGUGGAGAACAGAGAGACGGAAGAGAAAGUGCGUUUGAAUAAGGGCACGGAUGGUGAUGUUGUGGUACUGAGACAGGAUAUAGGAGAAGGGAAAAAGGGAAAUUUCGAGAACAGAAUCUCUGUAAUUCUGGAUUCAUUGCACGAAGAAAGCCAACGGCUUCAGAAUCUUAAUAUUCACAGCAAAAAGUCACGAUAAUAUUGAAUAUCCGCGCUAUUGCACACUAAUUCCCAAAUAACUUGUAAACUAGCUAAAUAAUUACUCUACCAAACUACCACCAUAUCACAUAAUAUUACAGUAGUCUAAUUCACUUAUCGUUUUUUGGCAUUUCGAUAACAAAUCACUUACAUUUUGACCUUGAAUUCGUCACAAAUAUAUCUUACCAAGUUCUAAUCAUAAGCAAACUACUCAAACCCCACGUAUGGUGCUGCUCUUUGUUAUUUAUUGUUGUACUGUUAUUGUAAUUAUAUCGUACUGUAAACAAGAAUAAAGUUCUAAAUGUUGUUUUACCGUUGUUUGGAGGAGUGUUACUGUAACCAGUCUUACUAAAUAAAUGUUUUAGAAACACGGUACAACUCAGAAACCGACAAAACCAUUGACACUCGAUGUUGAGGUAAGGACAGAAACAGAAACUCUAGUACAAUAUAAGAUAAAAGCAAAGCAAAGUACUAUUAAAAAAACUAACUUGCAACAUAACAGAAGACAGUAUCAAACUACCGUAAUUUUAGGACCAACAAAAGAUUGCCAAGGUAGGCCUAGAGAUGAAACUACUGACAGCCGAGGUCGAAGCCGAAGCUGAGAAGUGGGAUGAGUACGCUGAGAAUGACAUUGUGAAACGAGCCAAAGCUAUGUCCUCCAUGUCAUACAACAUGUAUUUGUUCACCAAAGGCGACGGUCCUCUGAAGACGACGCACGAUCUCUUCACACAAGCCGAGUUCUUCGCCGAACAAGCCAACAAGAUGUACAAAACUGUCAGGGAAUUUGCAUUUGAAGUAAGUUUGGUCUCGGUUAACAUGCUAGGUGUAUUAAAAAGAGAAUGAGUUAACAAACAUGACAACCACUGAUAUAAUAUAAAAGUGUUUUGAAGAUCAAUAGGAUAUUACAAUGCACAUUUAGGUGCCUGGAAGUCAAGAGAAGAACGAGCUCAUGAGUGUUCUUGAACGAAUCCCUCAACAUUAUCAACAACUUCAAGUACUGGUCAAGUCGCCUACAGUAGGAAAGUCGGCCACAUUCAGCAAGGUGGACUUGGUCAUAUCAGGUACCAAGAGUCUGAUGAACGAAAUAGCCAAGUUGGUCACAGCGUGCUUCGUAUGUGCCACCAAAUUCGAGAUCGAGUUCCGAGGCACGUCAACAUCGAGAGCUUUACUUGAUGGAGGCACAAGUGACUACCCACAACGAUCUUCUCGAGAGUCCACAAUGUGGCGGAGAACACCGAGUGUUCGUCGUACCGUGCCUCCACAAGUGCACCUGUCUUCAAAUGAACUUGCAUGA